AUGCCCGCCCUUGACGGUAUACGCGUCCUUGAACUCGCCGGCCUCGCGCCCGGCCCUUUCGCCGGCAUGAUGCUAGCAGACAACGGAGCCAGCGUUAUUCGCCUUGACCGCGUCAAUCCACCUCACCAACCCAGUCCCGACGUGCUCAUCCGUAACAAGGCCUCGAUCCAAAUAGACCUAAAGACUACAGGUGGAAAGGACCUGUUCUUACGGCUAGUCAAACAAGCUGACGUCCUAAUCGACCCUUUCCGACCCGGAGUCCUCGAGAAGCUCGGCCUCGACCCAACAAACGUGCUACUGAAACUCAAUCCCCGCCUUAUCGUUGCCCGCCUGACCGGAUUUCGACGCGAUGGGAAAUACGCUAAGAUGGCCGGGCAUGAUAUCAAUUACCUCGCUGUAUCGGGGGUUCUGUCCAUGCUGGGUCCAUCGCCGCGUCUCCCGCCAGACGGCCGGCCGCUGCCUCCAACGCCUCCGGGGAAUAUCCUCGGCGAUUUCGCGGCUGGAGGCCACAUGUGUGUUACUGGAAUCGUGAUGGCGUUGUUUGCUCGAUCUCGCACCGGACAGGGCCAGGUUGUUCACGCUAAUAUGGUGGACGGGGCGAACUAUCUUGCUACCAUGCCGCGGAUUUCGACCAAGAUUCCUGGCCAGUGGGACCGUCCUCGUGGGGAGAAUCUGUCGGAUGGAGGAUGUCCGUAUUAUAAUGUGUACGAGUGCAAGGAUGACGGGAAAUAUAUGGCUGUUGCUGGGUUGGAGCCGCAGUUCUUCGCAGAGUUGAUUAAGGGGCUAGGGCUAAGUGACCGGCCCUGGAUGGCGAAGAGGGAGGAUCGCGCUGUUUGGCCUGCUAUUGCAGAUGCAUUCCGCAGGAGAUUCCGUGAGAAAACACGCAAGGAAUGGGAGGCAGUCUUUGACGGGAGUGAUGCUUGUGCCACGCCGGUGUUUACCCAUGCAGAGCUGGAGGCCGCUGGGUACGAGCAGCGCCCUGGAGUGACACUGACGGGGACGCCAGCACUGGAUAGUGGACCAGGGUCAGGAUGGGAUGUGGAGGUAUUGGGUCUUGGGGAGGGCGGAGAGCAGGCGUUGGCGCAGUGGAUGGGGUGGAAGAAGGGGAGGGAUUAUGCACUGGCCAACGGGGGUUUGCAGGUUAAGGAUGCCUCUAGAUUGUAA